UUUAAUGUUCAUGGGCAGCUGACUAAUUGUUUAAGACAGACUUGAAACUAUGUGAAUCUAUCCUUUAAGUUGCACAAACGUUGUUCUGCCACAGUUUGGCGCUGUGGAAAAUCUUAACGCACACAAAGAAAUGGUGGUCGAAGUGUUAAAAAAGGGUAACCUGUAGAAGGGGAGAGCGGGCUUCCUUUCACUUUUGAUUUGUUUCUCGUCAAAGACAGCAAAUCGCGCCUGAAAUCGACGUCUUUUCGCUCCCAGCACAAGUAUGCAGUUGAAACGCCGACUUCAGGUGACAUUUUGACUCUUAAUUAAAAUUAGAUGUGAAAACGAGCUCAUCGUCAUGGCGGAGUUCCCCUCGGCUGAUAACAGUGGGUCGUCCCCAUGGCUCUUAAACCUGUUUACUUAUUGUUGCUGUGGGACCUCACUUUGUUGAUUCAUGGUGUCACGUCUUUUUGCAAUGUCACCUGCUCGACGGACUACGAUGCUUUACUGAACUGCUCCUGUUCAGGCUCUGCACCGACAUAUCCUGUCCAAGUACAAGUCAGCUGCAGGGAUGCAAAUGAAACGGUUAAUGACAGCUGUGAAAUCAACAUGCCUCAAUCCUGGUGCGCAAUGAUUGUGGAGGACCUUUAUAUUGUAGCAUCCAUUGGAACCAUGUGUCAUGUGUCAGCCAGUCAACAUGACGAUAAAGUAAUAAUGAAGGCCAAUGAGUCAUCUAUUUGGGCACUGAGUGAAGUGGUGAAAGCUCAGCCUCCUUCCAAUGUUCAAGUGAUAAACACUGAUGGAUUCUACAACAUCACUUGGGACAGCCACAACCCAGAUGACUGUCUCACGUACAGGGUGCGCAUAAGAGAGAGCAAAGACCUGUCAAUGGAUCCGGUUCAUUCCAUUUCAACGGAAACAAAGUACAUUUGUUUAGCCCGUAGCAAACUCAAGCCACAUCUCAACUAUACUGUAGAUGUUCAGGCCAAAAUGUGUCUUGAGAAUCUUUAUCAUGGUCCAUGGAGUGAAUGGAGCUCUACUGCAGAAUGGAGAACCACUGCCACUUCAACAGAGGUUGACGAAAUUAAUGGAUACUGGGGAUAUCUCUCGCUGGCCGUCAUUCCUGUUGUCCUUUGCUUCCUGUUGCUGGGUUAUUCACGAAAACCGUUUUGGCAGAAGAAACUCCAACUGAUUACAUACAUCCCCAGGCCAAAUGAGUUUUUCAAGCCCCUAUACAACAACUACGGAGGGGACUUCAAGGAGUGGGUGAAGCCUGUGUUCAGUGAGAAUGAUUACCUGAGGAUCAACUCACAUGUUCCGACAAUGAGCGAGAAGCAGCAUGACAUCCUUCAGUGGAACAACGAGAAGCAAGGCUACAGCGAGAACAACGAGACUAAACAAGGUGGUAAUUUCCUCCACAUGCUGCAGCCUCACAGCAACUUGCUGUUGCACUUCCAGGACGGAGGCAGCUCACAGGGCACCAGUCACUCCAUGGGACACAUCUCCAUCCAUACUGUAACCCUGUCUGGAGAAGAGUUCGAAGGGGAAGUCAUGUCACAGAGCUCCAUAAACACCCUCAGAGAAAGCUUUGGUUCAUUUGAGGACGACAACAGAGAGCACGCUGGCUAUGAUUUAGGGGGACCUCAGCUGUCCGGGAUGGAUAGACAAAGUAGGAUGUUGCCACACCAUGAAAACCAAAUAUCUAAUGAGUUAUCAGUGGAAAAUAUAAACUUUCAGCCACGUGCCCAGUUCAAUGAACCAGAGAGAAUAUCACUUGACUCAUUUGUCUCAAAUGAGCAGUCAGAAGACGGCUACCCUCAUGUAGACUUGGACACCAUUGACAGUGGUUUUGUAGAGUGCAGCAGCCCUGGGGCCUCAGACUCUAACAGAGUAGAGCAGAUUGACUCUGAUUUAUUUCAGGAGCAUAAAAACUCAAAUUCAAACUAUGUCAAGCAGUGGAUGAUAUGUAACGCUAUUCAGGAGGACUCGGGAGGACUUCAGGAGGAGUGAUUAUCGCUGCUGAUUUACUGCCACAAUUACAGUUUGUAGUGCUGUGGGAAAUGCAUUUAAAACAUGGACAUUAUUGUUGGCAUUUUCACAACAGAUACUUGGAUUAAAAGAAGAUUACAGUUUCCUGGUCAGCAUAUAAUCCAGUAUGUUUUGUUCAUCUUGAAAUGUUUAGCUGUGCACUUUGAACUAUGUAUGUAUAUAGUCAUGUUCCUUUGUUUUUAAAACAUUUUAUUUGUGCCAGACUGGGAUGUGCAAACAUAAUAACCUUGUUUUUUUUCUACUUGUCUCUUACAGUGAAUAA